UACUUUUUUUUAGAUGUUAGGUUAAAUUUGGAGUAUUACAAAAGGUGAAUAUAAGUGGAAGUUAAAAAAAGAAAAGAAAGAAGAGUGAAAAGCGGUUGGGUUUUUCCUUUUUUUUUUUUUUUCUUUUUAAAUAAAAGGCGGGAAAGAGGUUUAUGGUAAUAACAUGAAAUUGAAUUCACUCUCUCCGCUUCUCUUCUCCUCACCUUCUUCUUCCACCUGCUUUCUUCCAUUUUGAAGAACCACCGUCCGUUAAUUUGACCAACUCAAAAAGCAAUUCCUGAAAUUUGAACCGAAAUGGAGGCACUGAGACCGGGCUGGGCAGUGAGGAUGAUAAUCGUUAUGGUAAUUACGGCAAUUUUCUUUCGCUGCGUCAAUGCGACCAACCAUUCUGUUGGUGGGUCUUCCGGUUGGGAUCUCAAUUCGAAUAUCCUGGCUUGGUCUGCGGCCACCACGUUCCAAGUCGGGGACUAUCUCGUGUUCAAGUACUUGCCAGUUCACGACGUGCUGGAAGUGAACCGAACAGACUUCUUCAAUUGCCGCACCGUGAACCCAAUCAGAACUCACAGUGAUGGGGAGACGGUGAUCCCCCUGAACCAACCUGGCAGUCGCUACUUCAUAUGUGGCCGCCCUCAACACUGCCUCAUGGGACUUAAGCUCCGAGUCCAAGUCCUCCAACGCAUGAGCGACCCCAACAACAAUUCAACUCACGACAGCCCUAACCAUGAGGAGCGACUUAGCCCACGCCACCCUCCUCGUUCUCCUCCCUCCUCACCCCCUUCUCCAACUAUUGAAAUCCCACCAAGCCCUGACAUUCCGGUGGCGCCACUGCCUUGCAUUUGUUCCGGGGUGGCCGAGAUGAUGAUGAAAACUUGCCCUAUGAACUGGCGUUUCCUGUUGCUCUUCAUUAUCCUUGCAAUCCCUCCUUACUUUCAUUCCUUGAUUCCAUAGCCACUGAAAUCUUGUGCAAUUUACACCCACGUGGGUAUGGAUAUAUAGAUAUAUAGAUAGUCCUAUUCCCCCUUUUUUGGACUGACUGAUAUGUUGUAGGUUUGUGAAAUGUGAAAAUGAUAAACAACCUUUGGUUUGUAGUGUUAGACGUGUAGUUUAAAGUUUGGGGCUGAGAUGGGUGUUAAUAAAAGAAACUUUGCCUAAUUUUA